AUGUCUGCAUUGUUCGCUGCAUCAAGAUCAUCCACAUUGGCCAUGCGUGCCAUCGCUGGAUCCGUGAGAAUCUCUAACUCCCUUCAAUUUGCCAGAUUUUAUGCCGCAAGUGAUUUCCCUCCUCACACUGUUAUCAAUAUGCCAGCAUUGUCUCCAACCAUGACCCAAGGUAACAUUGGUUCUUGGGCUAAGAAGGUUGGUGAUGAAUUAUCCCCAGGUGAAGCAAUUGCUGAAAUUGAAACCGAUAAGGCUUCCAUGGAUUUUGAAUUCCAAGAAGAAGGUUUCUUGGCUAAGAUUUUGAUGGAUGCUGGAGCCAAGGAUGUCCCAGUUGGUAAGCCAAUUGCCGUCUAUGUCGAAGAAGCUGAAGACGUUCCAAAGUUCGAAGGAUUCACUUUAGCUGAUGUUGCCGGUGGUGCUGCUGCCCCAGCUGCCCCAGCUGCUGAAGCUGCUGCUCCAACUCCUGCUGCCACCGAAGCUGCUGCUCCUGCUUCUACCCCAGCUGCUGCUGCUGCUGCUCCAGCCAAGAAGGCACCAACUGAUAGAAUCAUUGCCUCUCCAUUAGCCAAGACUAUUGCUUUAGAAAAGGGUAUUUCCUUAAAGGGUAUCCAAGGUACUGGUCCAGGUGGAAGAAUCGUUGCCAAGGAUCUUGAAAACGUCAAACCAGCUGCUGCUACCCCAUCCGGUGCCGCUGCUGCUCCAGCUGGCGCUUCAUACGAAGAUAUUCCAAUCACCGCUAUGAGAUCCACUAUUGCCAACAGAUUAUUACAAUCAACCACUCAAUCUCCAACCUACAUUGUCCAAUCACAAAUCUCUGUUUCUAAAUUAUUGAAAUUACGUGCUUCCUUAAACGCUAGUGCUGAUGACAGAUACAGAUUAUCCAUCAAUGAUUUAUUAGUCAAGGCCAUUGCCAGGGCUUGUGUUCGUGUUCCAGAAGUCAACUCUUCCUGGUUAGGUGAAGAAGGUGUCAUUAGACAAUACAAGAAUGUUGACGUUUCCGUUGCUGUUUCUACCCCAACUGGAUUGAUCACCCCAAUUGUUAAGGAUGCUCACAUCAAGGGAUUGGCUGACAUCUCCAACGAAAUUAAGGACUUGGGUAAGAGAGCCAAGAUUGGUAAGUUGAGCCCAGAAGAAUACAUUGGUGGUACCGUCUGUAUCUCCAACUUGGGAAUGAACCCAGCUGUUACUGCUUUCACUUCCAUCAUUAACCCACCACAAUCUGCUAUUUUCGCCAUUGGUACUACUGAAAAGAAGGCUGUUCCUUCUCUGGUCAAUGAACAAGGUUUCGUCUUUGACGAUGUCAUUACCAUCACUGGUACUUUUGACCACAGAAUCAUAGAUGGUGCCAAGGGUGGUGAUUGGAUCAGAGAAUUAAAGAGAAUCAUCGAAAACCCAUUGGAAUUGUUAGUAUAG